CGCUACAGUACCUGGAAGGGCAGAGUCAACUGGCGAAGAUGCUCAAAUAUUAAAAUAGUGUAUCACCCCGCGGGGGAACACACAGGUGACAAAGGUGAUAUAGGGCUUGUUUUGACUGUAGGGCUGGACAUCACAACUUGUAGACUGGAAGGUGUGAAGUUUGGAGUUUAGGUUUUGUUUCAUUGGGUAUGAGUGUGUGAGAGUGAGGGAGAGAGAUGGAGUCAUAGAAGUUUUUCAGUGUGUUGGCACAGAGCACAUUCAGAGUGGGGGGAUGGUACAUUCUGGGAGUGGAAACAUAAAUGGGAGGGGUUGUGGAUGUUCAGUGUGUAACAGGCUGGAAGAAGGCUUUGGGAGAUUUUCUCUUUAGGGGUGAGGAAUUUUGGGGAGGACUGGGUGAAUUUGUAGGGCAAUGAAUUAAUUAAAAGUUAAAGUUGAAGUCUGACCCGAGCCUUAUAGGCUCAUCAGGCCAGUGCUUAUGCCGACUUCUGUGGCGUGAAGCAACUGAGAGUACAGGACUCCCCCCGCCCCCCAGAGAGAACAGCAGUCUAUCACAAAGUUAACCCCCAGCAUUUUGCCAGUACCCAUUUUCAGCUGGGUGGACUGAAGCAAUGUAUGGUUAGGUGCCUUGCUCAAGGACACAACACACCGCCUCUGCUGGGGCUCGAACUCAUGACCUUCUGAUUGCUAGUCCAACACCUCAACCACUUGGCUACACGCCACACAAUGAAUUAACUAGGUAAUGGUAAAUCGGGAAGUCAAUGUUGGUGGGGUGAGUGGGUGUUACAGGUGAGGGGUGGAGUCAAUUCGGUGAAUGAAUUGAAUUGGCUUUGUGCGUUGUGAAAUGUCAGUGGGGGGGGGUCAGUGAGUUGUAGGGUGAUAUAGUGCAUUCAAUAUUUCUGCAAUAUUUGAUUAGCCAUUCUUUGUUUACAAAAUGCAUUAUGUUAGAAGAAAGUGAAUGCCAUACUUCAUUUAAGCCACAUCGUCAAUGUAAGCGCUUCACUAGAAAAUAAAGACUAAGUAGACAACUAUCCCAACUAACACACACAAAAUGCUGGGGGAUCUGAGCAGGCCAAGCAGCAUCCAUUGAAAAUAAGCAGCUGACGUUUCCGGACGAGACGCUUCAUCGGGACACCUGAGGAUUUUUCCCAUUAGUUUCUGCAGUUGUAAAAGAUAACAGGUAGAAGUUUGUGACCUGGGACCGGGGUGAGAGGUACCCCAGCCGCCAGUGACCUUACCCCCACCGCACGGCCGGACGCCAUCCGGCGGGAGAACCGUCUGAACCGGAUGUGAAGUCAGCGGUUCACCCUGCCCGGAAGUGAUUCUACGGUUGACAACCUGGGGGAACAGCGGUGGCGGCGGUUAGGAUUUUGUUGACCUGGAUUUGAAGCUUCAGCCCGAUGAUGAACGACAAGUGUGCCGGAACUUGUGCAGGCCUGGAGCCUCUUCACUUGCUUCGCAUCCUGCAAGCACACUGGACAAAGAGGGAGAUUCAUGAGCUCCCGGAAGAAGCAAGGCGAGGAUUUUCCUCCCUCACUGAUCCAGUGGAGGGUCUCCUGGUGAUGCUGGAGAACUGCAAUGACUGGAAAAGGGGAAAAAAACAGUCCCUGGCACAUUUCGUUAUUGGCCAGUUUAAUAUUUGGAUAAAAGAGAAUGCAAGAUCUCAUCAGCCAUGCCAGAAGCGAAACAUGCUGCAGACAAGAGUCUUCUCUUUGUUCACCGUGGUGCCAACCAGCUUGUUUGACCAGCUGAUUUCUCUGUUUGAAGUGGACAAAGCAGACUCAACCUCUCUGCUCGGUCUGAUCAAGGAUCUGUGUAUCAAGAGGAAGUAUAAGGAGGCUGUAUUACUGAGCAUAAAGCUGAAUCUGCAGUUGCAGUUGGACAUAGAGGAGAUGUGUAUUCCCCUGCUCCUUCAGGAUGAUAUGAGCCUGGUGGAGGCAUAUGUUGACAACUAUCCAGAGCUACAGAAGCGUUUGCUACAAGUGCUGGAUUCGUUGUGUCGCUCGUCCGAUAGCACAGAAAACAUACGAAGGCAUGAUGGAAAACUAUCACGUUUGAGAUGUGACAAAAUAAGUUAUAAGGUUGUGAGUAAACUGGUGUUCAGGCUAAUGAAACUUUACGACCUUGGCACAGAACUGUGCCCAAAUAUGGUGAACUGGCAUUGUUUGGAUUCUCUCAAAUACUUUCUGUAUAAAUACUUUGUGGAGAAGGGUAUGGCUGAAGAGAUUUGGUCUGAACACAUUGAGGAUAUAGUUGGACAGAAUUCCUGGCUGCAGGGCCAGUUUUUGAACUUGCUGGCAAAGUACACAGGCAUUGAUACAGUGGCUCACUGGGCCCUGAGGCUAAAUGUACCACAAGAAAAACUACCACAGCACGUUGCCGAAUGGCUCAGGCGGCUGGAAAAAGACAAAGAUUUUAGAGAUGGUGUAAAGAACAGUUCCAAAGAGGAAAGUAGCCUGGAGAAAGAAAAAAAGAAGAACUUCUACCAGCUACCAGUUCCCACAGAGAGUAUUUACAUCGUGGAGCACUUGGAUCAGUUACAGAGCUGUACAACUCGGGUACUGCAGGCUGGUGGUGUCGUGGGCAUUGACAUGGAGUGGAGGCCCACAUUCCUAGCAUGGUCCAAAGCCCGGGUGUCGAUCCUGCAGAUUGCUUUGAAGAAUUGUGUUUACCUUCUGGACCUGCCUCAGCUGGCGAAGGAGUCAGAAUCCCUGGGCCGGGAACAUGAAUUAGAGCAGUUCAUACAUUCCUUAUUCAGUAGUAGAACUAUAACUAAGCUAGGUUAUGCUUUGUCAGGAGAUCUACAUGGUUUGUGUACAUCUUACCCUAUUUUGAAGGAUGUGGUACAGACUACAGUUGGCAUUCUAGACCUCCUAAAUGUGCAUAAAGAGCUGCAGAGAGUUCCAUUUCACAGAAAGGAUUGCAAGGGAGCAGAGAACAUGCUUGCAUCAGUCAAGAACAGAUUGGACUCUGACUGUGGACAGCAACAGAAGGGUCUCAGUCUACUUGUGCAGUACGUUUUGGGAAAACCACUAGAUAAAACGCAGCAGUUAUCCAACUGGGAGAAACGGCCUCUCUCGCGCCAGCAGAUUAUUUACGCAGCAACUGAUGCAUACUGCCUGCUGGAUCUUUAUGAUGCCUUGUAUCAGGACUUGGAGCAUUUCAGAUUGAACUACAGCCUCAGAAACUGCUUGAAGUUGAAAGUGGAGAAGAGUAGAAAGGAAAAUAAACCAAUGAAAGACAAGAGCUCCGCUGCCACUCUCGUCCAGGAUACUCAAUUGGCCCAGGAUGAGACAUCACCGUCCUCCCCAGUGUCACCUGCCGAUUUCAGAGUCAUCUGUGACAACAUGUUGCAGGGCCUUGGACGAUACCUUCGUUGUGUGGGAGUUGAUGUGAAGAUUCUAGGAAAUGAAGAUGAUCACAGGAAGGCUGCUGAGAUUGCUCGUGAAGAAAACAGAGUUAUCCUGACCUGUGGUUUACCUUAUCAAACGCUGCGAUCCCAAGUGGGGGAAGGCCGGUGCCUGUCCGUGAAUUGCUCAGAGAAAGCCAGGAACCAGGCCAUUAAUGUGCUGAGACACUUCAAUGUGCAAGUUACCCCCAGUGACAUUUUCAGCCGUUGUCAGAUCUGCAAUGGGUCCGAAUACCUGAAGCUGCCGGCUGAAGAUAUGAUCCAAGCCAUGAAGAUAAGCACUGCCUCAGAAAAGGCAGAGUGUUCAGAUAUUCCAUCCACUGAGAGUAUUAAAUCGCCCAGUCGGAGUAAACACAGGGUGCGUCCACGGACAGAUCCUGGUUGUCUUGGCAUCUCUUCUUAUUCUCCCAAUUGUCAUUGGGCAGAGAAGUCAAGGUUAAACAUGAAGACACUGAUGUUUGCAGGUGGUGCCAUUUUGCAGGUGAGGGCCAUUCCACCUGGUAUAUUGGACAAGGUCCCCUGGUUCUACUGCUGCACUACCUGUGGCAAAGUGUUCUGGGAAGGUUCCCACUUUCACCGCGUGCUAUCUCAAUUCCAGGAGGUGCUGCACAUCACAAACGAAUCAACCCAUUUACAAGUUUAAUCUUUCUUCGUGUUGUUCUAAAUGUUUAUUUUCAGCUCAUCUUUAAAAUGGACCUUGUCAGAGCUCAAUUUUGGUGUUUCUGUACCCACCUGGGCUUGCCACUCUCACAAAAGAUGCAUCUUCUACAUUAUUCUGGUUAGAAUCAUAGCUCCAGAACCAUCCACAUUCCUUCUCAUUCCCUUGGUGCAUCCAUUCAGAGCUUCCAUGCUUCACACCUUCCUAUAGGUCUCCGAUCUUGCUCUGCCUUCCAACUGUCCCACUAACUUCUCUAACUUCUGGUAAUUUUUCCACCGCUCUUCUUCUCUCAUUUUCAAUUCUCUAUUCUGAAUUCCCUCUUAUCCCUCCUGUUCUCCUCACCUGCCUAUCACCUCCCCCUGGUGCCCCCCUCCUUCCCUUUCUUCCAUGGUCCACUUUCCUCC